GUGGAAGUAGUGGAUUUUCUAUUGAUGGACGUUCUACACCUUCAAACUCUUUAGUUACAUUUCAAAUGUCAAACAUGAUUUGGUAUUAUAAUGGGAUUGAAGUUCUACCACCGGGUGCACAAAUGGACUGGAAAAGAAAUUAUGGCCCAAAGAGAAGAUUAGAAGAUUCUCGAAUUUCAUUAUUACCAUGUCUUGGUUUAAGAUAUAAAUUAUCUGAUCUACCAUCAAAAAUCAAAAUGCGUUCCGAAACCGCUGUUAUUGAAGUUUUAAUUGAACAAACAACUUACGUAAAAGGCUUAAUUUUGGAUGUUGAUUUCGUUGAAUUUCUCAAGAGCAUCGAAGAAUUGAAAGCUCCUCGUGGCCUAUGUUUCGACAUAGAACGUUCUUUUUCUCAGUUACUUGAUGUUCCUGCGACUAUUCCGGCCGUGCAAUAUUUAGUUGUUAAUAACGAUGAUACAUGUACUUACAUAUUAUCGUUUAUAGGCAAAGAGGAGAUGGUGGUGUCGAUAUUACAUGUUAUAUCAAAGGAAAAAAAAUAUUAUUCCAAUAGAAAAAUUGGUCCAGAAACAAUUAGAUCAUUAAGAGGGGUGAUGUGUUUGGAGAAGGACAGUGACAUUGGCAUUGUAGUUGGAAAUAAGUUCUCGGGUGGUGCUAUUGAGGAGGCAGAAAAGUCGAAAGAAUGCCCAUUAUCCUAA